GUUAUGUUUCGCCUCUACGAUACGGAUGGGAAUGGCCUCCUGGACAGCUCGGAGUUGGAUCGGAUCAUCAACCAGAUGGUGCAUGUGGCUGAGUACCUGGAGUGGGACUCCACUGAGCUGAAGCCUAUCUUGAAGGCCAUGAUGGAGGAGAUUGACUACGACCACGACGGGACUGUGACCCUGGAGGAGUGGACGGGUGGCAUGACCACCAUCCCACUGCUGGUCCUGCUGGGAUGGAGACGAAACGUGAAGGACGAUGGGCAGCACGCCUGGCGGUUGAAGCACUUCAAGAAACCUGCUUACUGCAACUUCUGCCGCACCUUGUGCUGGGCGUCCGCAAGCAGGGGCUCUGGCUGCUCCUUCUGCAAUUACACCGUACGAGAGUGCGUGUCCAAGGACAUCGCCUCCUGCAUCAGCACCUACGUGAAAUCCAAGAGGGAACGCCAGCGUGAGUGGGUGAUGCAGCACACUUGGAUUGAGGGCAACUCCCCCCGUCAAGUGUGACAGAUGCACAAGAGCAUCAAGUACCAGGGCAUCACUGGCCUGCACUGUGUCUGGUGCCAGUCCACUCUCCACAACAAAUGUGCCUCCCACGUGAAGCCAGAGUGUGGGGGCCCCCUGAGGGACCACAUCCUGCUGCCUUCCUACAUCUGCCCCGUGGUCCUGGACAGGCAGUCCCACUGCUUCAGAUCAGAGGGGACUCCCCAGCCAGCCCACCACCCCGAGGACAGCCAGGGCUUCAGGUUCAACUCCACCACAGCAGAUGGGCAGUGCCUGCAGCCCCGGCCUGGGACUCACCCCCUCCUGGUGCUUGUGAACCCCAAGAGUGGAGGAAGGCAAGGGGAGCGGGUCCUUCGGAAGUUUCACUACCUGCUAACCCACGCCAAGUGUAACAACCUGGACCUGUGGCGGCCCGCUGCAGGGCUGAGCUUCUUUCGGGACACUCGAUUCCGUGUCCUGGCCUGCGGAGGGGACGGCAGUGGCUGGAUCCUGGAUUGCAUAGACAAGGCCAACCUGGUGAAGCACCCACCCGUGGCUGUCCUGCCCCUGGGAACAGGCAAUGACCUGGCCCGGUGCCUGCGCUGGGGAGGAGGCUACGAGGGAGGCAACCUGAUGAAAGUUCUGAAAGACAUCGAGCACAGCACGGAGGUGAUGCUGGACCGCUGGCAGAUGGAUGUCACCCCCAGUGACAGGGAAGGCAGGGGGGACCCUGUCCCAUCCACCAUCAUCAACAAUUACUUCUCUAUUGGUGUGAUUGCCUCCAUUGCCCACCGCUUCCCCAUCAUGAGAGAAAAGCACCCUGAGAAGUUCAACAGCAGGGUAGGGAACAAGCUCUGGUACUUUGAGUUUGGAACAUCAGAGACCUUUGCAGCCACCUGCAAGAAGCUCCACGACUACAUCGAGGUGGAGUGUGAUGGGAUCCUGCUAGACCUGAGCAACACCUCCCUGGAGGGCAUUGCUGUCCUCAACAUCCCCAGCAUGUACGGGGGCUCCAACCUCUGGGGGGAGACCAAGAAGCAGCGAGGUUACAACCGCCUGGGCAAGAAGCUGCCCGAGAAGCUUCCACCCGUGGUGGUCACUGAUGCCAAGGAGCUCAAGUUCUGCGUGCAGGACCUCAGUGACCAGCUCCUGGAGGUGGUGGGGCUGGAGGGGGUCCUGGAGAUGGGGCAGAUUUACACCGGGCUGAAGAGUGCAGGGAAGAGACUGGCCCAGUGUUCAUCUGUCACCAUCAGGACAUCCAAGCUGCUGCCUAUGCAGGUGGAUGGGGAGCCCUGGAUGCAGCCACCCUGCACUGUCAAAAUUACCCAUAAAAGCCAAGUGCCAAUGCUGCUGGGCCCCCCAGAAGAGCAGCUGCUUUUUCCUGAGAGGAGGAACCGAAGUGGGGAUUAGGCAAGGAGCCCAGAGGCACCGGGUGACCUGGACACUCAUCUACUGUGGGGGGAACCCCAAAUCCCUGCUCUGUAGUGGGGAAACCCCACCCCCACCCCAAGCCUGGCAGAGAUGAGUCGUCCUGGGAAGUUUUUGGAGACUCCUUCCCAACCACCAGAGGCACCUUCUCCAGCUGGGCUGGGAGCAGUGGGUGAAGGCCAAGGCCAGGCCAGCAGCAUUCACAUCAGCAGUGAUAGCACUGGGG